UGGCAAUGCAAUGACCAAAGUAAAAAGUUAAGUUGGUUAAAUUUGGUUUGGUGGUUAUGUUCCAGUGUUCCUUGUGUUUUAUUUUCAAGAUUUUCAUAAUACCUCGCACUCGCAAGCAAAUAAUCACUAUACCUCGCGCUCGCUUAUGUUCUUAAUUAAAUAUAUAACGAAAAGUAAAGACCAAAAACGUAAUAGCUAUGGUCACCGGUGAUCAAAAUGAUGAGGUCGAAAACUACCUGAUAAUUAAACGGUAUAAGUUUAGUUUAAAGGGUCUUGUGAUAGUUGUGAGCGCGACUUCUAUGAGUGAUAAUAAUGUUCAUAUACACACUCACACUCAUGGCCAAAAUCAAAUAGGGUAGAGUAGAAGUUCACGAAACCAGUUCAUUACUUAUUUGUUCUGUUUUUUUACUUAUUUCUGUAAUUUGAAUACAGCUGCAUUGAGAUAAGAUAGGAAAUUGUAUGUUAAAAGUUAUUAUGAACACUAAUUAUAAGAUAUUUAAUGCUGCUGAGUAUUGGCAAAGAGAAACCAGCUUACCUUCCAUUCCAACAUUCUGCCAACAAGUAGACAAAUUAUUAGGGAGUGAUGGCGUGCAACUUGGCACUAUCACUGAGCUGCUUGGGCUGCCGGGAACCGGGAAAACUCAAAUGUGUUUGCAGUUAUGUGCUUCAAUACAAAUACCAAAAGCCCUGGGUGGACUAGAAGCCGAGGCGCUCUACAUUGAUACCAACACCAACUUCAGGAUACAUCGGUAUCAAGGUCAUCUUAUACCAGAAAUCCUCAAGUCCUGCUUGCUGAAAUGCCAGAAACUACUGGACACCUCAGAAGUGAUUGAUGAAAAAGAAGCUCUGAAGAGACUCCACUAUGUGGGGGCAUUCGGAGUGGUGGAGUUCGGUGCUUUGAUGCACAUGCUGCCUACAUACCUUCGAGAUAGGCCAAAGAUAAGACUGGUAGUGAUAGACUCCAUAGCGUUUCCCUUCAAGGAGGGCGUCUCAGCCCGCGAGCGUAGCGGCCUGCUGUUCCGACAGAUGGCGGAGUUGCAGCGCUGCGCCGUGGAGAGGCAGAUCGCUGUGGUGCUAACAAACGAGAUGAGCACCCGCCUGGGCCUGUCCGGGGGCUCCAUAGUGGGGUCUAUGGGCGACGCGUGGUCUCACCGCGGCAAUGUGAGGCUUCUCCUGUCCAGUACGGAGCGGGGUCGCGCCGCCGUGCUGGUCAAGAGCAAUGUGGCAGGUGCGGGCGUUGCUAGCUUUCAGAUAACAAAGGAAGGAAUAAGGGACGUGGAAUAAAACGCUCAGAAACCGGUAGAUAAUUUAAUUAUAAGUAAUGUAAAUAUAUUGUAAACGAAACUUCAGCACCAAUAAAUAUAUCUUUUUCACAAAAAUA